AUGAAUACAUUAAGUAAAAGACAAACAAUUAUUCAAGAUUUCAUUAAAUUUGUAUGGUGUUUAUAUGAACAACAAAAUAUUAUUAUUUUAUUAAGAAGAUUUUUAUGUGAUUUGAAAAAAUACAACAAAUCAAUAACAUAUUUUGAACAUUUAUUAAAUAAUUUUCAAAAUGACAAUUAUGUUCGCAUUGAUUACAACAUUGAUAGAAUUCACGAUUGUGAAAAUGAACAACAUUUAAUACAACAAUUUUAUGAUUGCAUCUGUAAUAGAAUGAAAAACGUCUUUGUUGUUUCAAGAUGUAUUGGUACUAUUCUCUGUCAACAAAACAAAUAUGAUAAAUUUUUACAAUUCUUUAAUCAAGUAAUUAAAAUUCGAGAAGAAGUUUCUCUUUUUGAUUAUGCAGAAGUUUCUCGUAGUCUCACUUUUGUCGCUAUUUUACUAACUGAUCAAGAUAAAUAUGAAAAAAUUCUCCAAAUAAGAGAAAAAUUCUAUCCUUCUUAUCAUAUGAAUGUUGCUUCAAUUCUGAUCAGCAUUGGUGCUGUUCUUCAUCGACAAUUGAAGUAUGAUGAAACCUUGGAUUACUCUAAACAAGUUCUUAAAACUAGAGAAGAUACUUAUCCUUCUGGCCAUAUAGAUUUGGCUGAAAUUCUUAAUAACAUUUCUCUGAUAUUAUUUGAUCAAGACAAAUAUAACAAAUCUCUACAGUUCUAUCACAAAGUAUUAAAAACAAGACAAGAAUUAUAUCCGUCUGAUCAUGUUAACAUUGCAAGUAUUUUGAAUAGAAUUGUUAUUGUACUUUAUCAACAACUAAAGUAUUAUGAAGUUUUAGAUUUCUUUCGAGAUGUUGUGAAAAUUCAAGACAAACUUUAUCCUACAGGUUAUAUAGAUCUAAUUAAUUAUCUCGAUAAUAUUGAUCUUGUUCUAAGUGAUCAAGAACAAUAUGAUAAAUCACUUGAAUUUUAUAAACAAGCACUUGAACUAAAAGAAAAGUACUUAUCAUGUAAUGAUCUAAGUAUUGUCGAUGGAUUGAGUAAAAUCGGUGAUAUUCUUUGUCAACAAGAGAAGUUUGAUGAAGCAUUUAAUUUUCAUUAUCGAUCAUUACAAUUGAGAGAGAAAUAUCAUUCUUCGUCUUACAAUAAUAUAAUUAAUAAUUUAAAUAUUCUCGGCUAUAUACUUCAUCAUCAAGAUAAAUAUGAAGAAGCAUUGGAUUUUUAUCAACAAGCACUAACAGUCAGAGAAAUGUACAAUUCUGGAGAUAGUAGCAUUCAUAUUGCUGCUAAUCUUAUGAACAUUGGCGAACUUUUUUGUAAGCAAGAAAAGUAUGAUCGAGCUUUAGAAUUUUAUCAACGAGCAUUAAAAAUUCAAGAAAAAUAUUAUUCUUAUGGUCAUAUCAAUAUUGUUCAUAGUCUUCAAAAUAUUGGUCUUAUUUUAUAUAAUCAAGAAAAAUAUGAUCAAACAUUAAAUUUUUUUCAACGUGCUCUGGAUAUGAGAGAACAAUAUUUUGCUUCUGAUUAUUCUGACAUUAUAGAAAAUCUCAAUUUUAUUGGUCUUAUCUAUUAUCAUCAAAAGAAAUAUGAUGAAGCUUUAAUUUUCUAUCAACGAGCUCUUAAAUUACAGAAUGAUGUUUAUCUUUCUGAACAUAUUUCUAUGACUGUGAGUUUGGACAAUAUUGGUGCUGUUUUUCGUGAGAAAGAACAAUCUGAUAAAGCUUUGAAAUUUUAUCGACAAUCACUCAAUAUCAAAGAGAAUUAUUAUUCUUCUGAUGAUAUAAAUAUCAUUAAAAGUCUUGGCAAUAUUGCAACUAUUUUAUAUGAAAAUGAUGAAUAUGAUGAAGCUUUAAAAUAUUUUCGACGAAUACUCGAAUUUCAACGUAAGCACAAACCUUUUGAUCAUUUAAAUAUCGCAAGUAGUCUGAAUAAUAUUGGUCUUACUAUUUGUCAUCAAGGAGAUUUUGAGAAAGGUUUACUUUUAUGUUCAGAAGCACUGAGAGUUCGACAAAAAUAUCUUCCUGAAGAACAUCUUGAUAUUGCUCAAGCAUUUCAUAGCCUUGGUACUAUUUAUCAUUUGCAAGGCAAAUAUGAUGAAGCACUCAAAUAUUUUCUUCAAUCUUUACGCAUCAAAGAAAAAUUAUUUUCUCCGGAUCAUCUUAGUCAUGUUGAAGAUCUUAAUAGUAUUGGUUUAAUGUUCACUCAUUUAGAACAAUACAAUAAUGCGCUAGUAUUUCAUCAAAAAGCACUUCGAAUACAAGAUAAACAUUAUCCAUUUGGACAUAUAACAGUUGCUAACAGUCUCAAUUAUAUUGGUCUGACACUUUGUCAACAAGAAGACUUCGAAGAAGCUCUUCAAUUAUGUAAAAAUGCUUUAGAAAUGAGAAAGAAAUCUUAUCCACAUGAUCAUAGAAAUAUAUCUCAUAGUCUUUAUAGUAUUGCUAAAGUUCAUUAUAUGAAAAAAGAGUAUGAUAUUGCUCUUGAUUUAUCUAAAGAAGCUCUUAAAAUUAGACAAAAAUAUUGUUCGUCUGGAAAUAUUGAUAUUGCUCAAUGUUUCAGUUUAAUUGGUAUGAUUUUGUAUAUGAAAGAAAAUUUUAAUGAAGCCUAUGAAAUGCAGCAAGAAGCUCUCAAAAUUCAAGAGAAGUUUUAUCCGCCAUCUCAUCUAGAUAUCGCUAUUAGCUGUGAAAAUCUCGGUAAAAUUUAUUAUGAACAAGAAAUAUAUGACAAAGCAACAAUGUUCUUUCAAAGAGCACUUAACAUAAGAAAAACCUAUUAUAUAUAUACUAAUACAGUUAUUGCUGAUAUUCUUAUGUUCAUGGGUUUUGCAUAUCGCAAUCAAAACGAUGCUGAUCAUGCUCUCGAAAGUCUUGAACAAGCUCUUUCGAUUAAAAAAAAGUAUGUAUCAGAUGAUUUGAAAUCUAUAGCAACUAUUCUUGAAGAAUUGACUAUUAUCUAUGGAGAUAAAGGUAAUUAUCGCAAUGCACUUCAGCAUGCUCUCGAAUGUUUAAUAGUGCGUGAAAAUUUUUUACCUCAAAAUCAUGUUGAUAUUGGCACAAGUUUUAAUUUGAUUGCUGAUUGUUAUUCAAAUCUCGGAAAUCAAAACUUGGCAAUUAAAUAUCAUCAACAUGCAUUAGGAGCUUUUAAACAAACUCUACCUAUUAAAGAUCCAUUUAUAGAGACACCAGAUGAAAACAUUCGUCAUCAUCACAAAAAUAUUCACUUAUGGUUUUCACAUGCCCGACAACGUAUACAUAAAAUGAAGAAGCGCUUGUAUUCUUCAUAA